AUGACUCCUCGGAAUGUCUUCUUCCAAUACCAUCCCCUGAACGAAUUGACCGUAUCCUGGACUCCACCUGUAAACCUGGAUGGUAUCACUGGGUACAGUCUGGUGUACACCGCCAACGGUAACCAGAAAGAGGUUACCAUCGACGGCCCUGGAGCAACGACCACCACCGUCCAAGACAACGAUCUUGCGGGCAACCCUCCCUUAAUUGUGCUCCUGGCUCCGAUGAUGAACGGCAAUAUUGAUGGUGCUAAUAUUGUCCGGGCAACGACUCCAACAGAGCAAGACCAAGUCCUGCCACCUGCACCACCAGAUGCAACUGUUCAGCGGACAUCGAUCAACAGCUACCAGCUGACAUGGGCAAAUACGAAUGGUAACAGCCCUGUGGCUAUCGAGGGAUACGUUAUUUCGUACGCACAAACAUCAACUGGGACUGAUAUGAGCAGUAUAGAAGUGCCUCCCGACAGGAACGCGGAACAGAUCCAGGACCUCCAGCCAGACACAGACUACACGUUCUAUCUGUAUAGCCAGAACAAUGGACUGAGAUCUAGAGCGAACCUGACGACGCUACCUCCCGUGACCCAAGAUCUAAAGCCUCCUGAAAACUUUAUCUUAUAUCAGCUGAGUCUUUCAUCCAUUUUGCUCCGAUGGGACCCACCAUCUUCGCCGGAUAAUUCCUUUGAAGACUACGUUGUCGUAUACCUUAAUAACGAUAAUGGACAAGUGCUAGAAGAGAUCCAAUUGGAUUCGACGAUAACCAGUUAUGUUGUAACCAAUCUUCAAGGAGACAUUUCGUAUAUUUUCAGGGUUGUUACUCAAUCCGGUACUGCAAGAAGUGAAAGCAAUGAAUUCAUCGCAAAACCAUUAGAUCCUUUUGCAAACAUUCAACUGAUGGUCGGAGCAGUGACGGAUCAGAAGGUAGAGUUGUCCUGGCAGAACCCCACCCUCAACAGGAACUUUGUUGUUCAUCUUUUCAAAGACGACGGAACACAGGAGAUCAACCAAACAGUGCCAAAUCUGCCGAGUAUUACGACUGUGAUUCAAGAUUUAAUGUCUGAUUCUACUUACGUCAUUGUAGUUGAGGAUUCCCUUACCUUGACUGUUCUUGGAUCCGUGCAAGCAGUGACAAAUACACCACCUAACUCGGUUGUUACGGUGAACAGCAAGACUGCAUCAUCGGUUACAUUUUCUUGGAUAGGGUUUACAUCAGCCACCAGCUAUCGGAUAUCUUACAUCAGUCAAGAUAAUACAGGGACCGGUGUCCUAAGCUCAACCAUCCCCACAUCCGUAGUGACUGGUUUGCAACCUCAGAUGACUUAUGCAUUCUCUGUAGUAGCUACUGUAGGCACAUCCGAAGUAAAUGUAGGGUCAGUGACUGAAACUACAGAUACCGUGUCGACUAUGGCUGUGAACGCCACACCAGGGACUAAUACCAUUGAUUUGUCAUGGGCCAGCAUUUCUGAUACUGUUGUGUACCAGAUCGACUAUCAGCCACUUGUUCCAGGUGGUUUUGCCGAUCAGAGAAACUCCCUCCAAAAUUUCUUCACCUUAACUGACCUGCUCCCAGUGACGACGUAUAACAUUACGGUAUAUGCAUUCACAAGCAGCUUAGGCACGUCUGCCCUGGUGACAGUAGGGUCUGUCAUUACGUCAACGGUCACAGUUUUAAAACCACCAGAAAACUUUAUUUUAUACCAGCUGAGUGUUUCAUCCAUUUUGCUCCGAUGGGAUCCACCAUCACCGCCUGACAAUUCCUUCGCGAACUACGUGGUCAUAUACUUCGACAGCGCUAAUGGAGAAGCGCCACAAGAGAUACAAUUGGAUUCGACGGUAACCAGUCAUGAGUUGUCCAAUCUUCGAGGAGACGCUUCAUAUAUCUUUCAGGUCGUAACUCAGGCCGGUAACGCAAGAAGUGAAAGCAAUCCGUUCAUUGGAAAAGCAUUAGAUCUUUCUGCAAACAUUCAACUGAUGGUCGGAGCAGUGACGGAUCAGAAGGUAGAGUUGUCCUGGCAGAACUCCGACCUCAACAGGAACUUUGUUGUUCAUCUUUUCAAAGACGACGGGACACAGGAGAUCAACCAAACAGUGCUAAAUCUGCCGAGUAUUACGACUGUGAUUCAAGAUUUGAUGUCUGAUUCUACUUAUGUCAUUGUAGUUGAGGACGUACUAACAUUCUCUGUUCUUGGAGUAGUCCAGGCAAUGACAAAUACACCACCUAACUCGGUUGUUACGAUGAACAGCAAGACUGCAUCAUCGGUUACAUUAUCCUGGAUAGGGUUUACAUCAGCCACCAGCUAUCGGAUAUCUUACAUCAGUCAAGAUAAUACAGGGACCGGUGUCCUAAGCUCAACUACCCGAAUUUCAGUAGUUACUGGUCUGCAACCUCAGAUGACUUAUACAUUCUCUGUAGUAGCUACUGUAGGCACAUCCGAAAUAAAUGUAGGGUCAGUGACUGAAACUACAGAUACCGUGUCGACUAUGGCUGUGAACGCCACACCCGGUACUAAUACAAUUGACUUGUCAUGGGCCAGCAUUCCUGAUACUGUUUUGUACCAGAUCGUCUAUCAGCCUCUUGUUCCAGGUGGUAUGGCCAAUCAGAGGAACUCCUUCCAAAAUUUCUUCACCUUAACUGACCUGCUCCCAGUGACGACGUAUAAUAUUACGGUAUAUGCAUUCACAAGCAGCUUAGGCACGUCUGCCCUGGUGACAGUAGGGUCUGUCAUUACGUCAACGGUCACAGUUCUAAAACCACCAGAAAACUUUAUCUUAUACCAGCUGAGUGUUUCAUCCAUUUUGCUCCGAUGGGAUCCACCAUCACCGCCUGAUAAUUCCUUCGGAAACUACGUGGUCAUAUACUUCGACAGCGCUAAUGGAGAAGCGCCACAAGAGAUACAAUUGGAUUCGACGGUAACCAGUCAUGUAUUGUCCAAUCUUCGAGGAGACGCUUCAUAUAUCUUUCAGGUCGUAACUCAGGCUGGUACCGUAAGAAGUGAAAACAAUCCGUUCAUUGGAAAAGCAUUAGAUCUUUCUGCUAACAUUCAACUGAUGGUCGGAGCAGUGACGGAUCAGAAGAUUCAGUUGUCCUGGCAAAACCCCAACCUCAACAGGAACUUUGUUGUCCAUCUUUUCAAAGACGACGGAACACAGGAGAUCAACCAAACAGUGCCAAAUCUGCCGAGUAUUACGACUGUGAUUCAAGAUUUAAUGUCUGAUUCUACUUACGUAAUUGUAGUUGAGGAUUCCCUUUCCUUGAAUGUUCUUGGAUCAGUGCAAGCGAUGACAAAUGCGCAACCCAACUCAAAUGUUAGAGUGGACAGCAAGACUUCAACAUCGGUAGUACUAUCUUGGAUUUUGAUUCCAUUUGCGACCAACUAUCGGAUAUCUUACAUCAGUCAAGACAAUGCAGGGACGGGUGUCCUAAGCUCAACCAUCCCCACAUCCGUAGUGACUGGUUUGCAACCUCAGAUGACUUAUGCAUUCUCUGUGGUAGCAACUGUAGGCACGUCCCAAAUAAAUGUAGGGUCAGUCACUGUGAUCAUAGAUGCAACAUUAUCUGGAUCAGUAAAUGUAAGCAACUUGACACCCACGACAGUUAGUCUUCAAUGGACUCUCUUUCCUGGUAAUGUUAUUUACGAGAUUGUCUACACUGGACCAGACGGUAACCCGACAACAGUUUCAUCUGUGUUAAAUGGAGCCAGUCUUAUCAACCUUAGUCCAGGCACUCCCUACAGUAUUCGAGUACAGGUCAGAGACUCAACAGGAAUAACUAUCAUAGGCACUACUUCUAUCACGACGCCAGUGACUUCUGAUACGACCCCGCCUGCGGUAAUCUGUCCGCCCGACGUUAAUCGGGUACUUGAGAGCGGAAACUCUGUUCUAAUAGACGUGGGACAGCCGAUAGUUAGUGACAACUCUGGAUCUGUAGAAUUAGUCACUUCGACCCUACCAACCGGAAAUCAAUUCUCGAUUGGAACAACCAUGGUGACAUUUACCUACAGAGAUCCAGCUAACAACAGGGCAUCUUGUUCCUUGUUCGUUCUUGUUUCACUAGUAACACCAAUAAUUGUCAAGGAAGUGACGCCAACAACGGCUACGUUGUCUUGGACGACUGUGCCAGGUGUCAUAGCCUAUGACAUAAUAUUUACUGGUCAGAACAACUUCCAGAGGUCUGUCAUGUCACCAACAGAAUGGGUCUUUGUAGCAAAUCUGUUGCCAGGACGCCCCUACAACGCUCGUGUGGUGGGGAACGUAGCCAGCCAAGGUGGACAAGUGGAAGUUGGAAUGACAUCAUUCAACACAAGUAAACCAUUCAUGUCAUGUCACUGAGAUUAAAUCUGACUUAUUACAUCGGAUGGGGAGGAUUUUGACAAUUUAUGGUGCUAUUUGUCUUCGGUUAUUUGUUCGAAGAACACGCUUUAUCGAGACGCAUUACUCCCUACAUUAUUACAUGGCAGUGUGUAGCUUGGUCUUAAGAUAUUUUUUGUUAGGAAAGAGAACAGAAAUCUGUUACUGUAACGGGAUGCGUGUAAAAAUGUAAAUAUUAUAGAAGGCAGUGUUUAUUAAAGACGAUCGGGGUCAUGAUAUUUUUUUUUUACUUUUGAAAAACAAAAUGAAUAUCUAAAUAAAAAAAUAGUAUUACGUUAGUAUUAAUUGGUAUUAUAUAAUCAACCAAAUUUUUUUUUCCACAGGUCAACCAAAUUCUGUUACAGUGACUGGG